GUUCUUUUACGAAGUAAAACUCACUUGUGAUCAUUUGCUAGCAACUUUAUCGAAUGGUUUAAAACGCUUUUAAUUAACCGAAUUCGUCACGGGCUUCCAUCGAGAAAGAAACCCCUCGAUCGUUCGAUUGCGACAUACUCGAAGCCAGAAACUCGCGGCGUUCGUCCUCGAGAAUUCGAGUCAGGACGAGCUGAUGACGUGAAAUUUCUUAAUAGUCUACGUUGGCGGUUGUUCGAACGGUCAAGUUUCGGUGGCGAUAAUCGUCGAUUCGAUCGUUCGAGUCCUGGCAGAGUAUUUCGCAAAGAUCGAGCAGCGUUGGUACCGCGUCUGCGCGAUCUUGAACCGUCCUCUUCAAGAAGGGGUGUGAAACUAUAAAACCGUGUUCGGUGUUGCUGAUCGUCCACAAACGUUCAUCCCACAUAGACACCGAAGAUACCUCGACAUCCGAGUUUUCGCGAAAGACUAACUUUGUUUUCCGGAUCGCGGUUGCAGUCGCGGCGACAUGUAUCGAAAGAUUCAAUUGAGUGUUCUCGCGAUAGUAUUUCUGUUAUGGUUGAGCCUGGAUCUCGGCGCGGAAGCUCAGCUAAAUUUUUCCACCGGCUGGGGAAAGAGGAACCAGAGGGUGAACGAGCGGGCUAACGAGUGCGUUUUACGAGCCAGACCUUCGCUGGAACAGCUCUUAAUGGUCUACGAUAUCAUACAGACGCAAGCGAGGAAAAUGAUGGAUUGUCGGAAGCUGUACGAAUGAAUACGCGAGGAUCAACCGGAAUUAGCGGAUGUAGGCAUCCUAGAUACCCGAGCCACUCGUUCGAACGAAUUUUCAACGACCGUUAGUUUUUUGCGAUCUCUGUCGGAUCAUGAAUCAACGAGCUCGUUUCUUCGUUUCGUAAACGUACCUUGUACAAUUAAUUACGCAAACGACAAUACAAACAAUGAGCAGUAACAGAAAUAAUUUCUUUCACGCUCUCCUCGCCUUCUACGCCUAAUUUGCGAUCGUAUUUUAUGCAUAGGUUUUCGAAACGACCACCGAUGCGAAAGACGUGCG